AUGUCGCCGCGUGGGUGGCAAACAAGAGAGCUGCAGGCGGCAACGUCUCAGACGCUGGGAUACCUCGUCUGUGACGUGUUUGUGUUUUUCGCCUGCAUCAUUGUGGCGCUUGUCUACUCGUACAAGCUGACCCUCGUCAUGCUGGCGACGGGCGUGCCAUCGGCGCUCAUUCUUUGGGGGUUUAGCCGUUUUCUCGACCCGGCGAUCGAGGGACAGAAGAGAGAGCUUGCGCAGGCCGCUAAGCACGUCACAGCCGCCACCACUGCCAUCGACCUCGUCAAGGUGUACAACGGGGCCGACCAUGAGGCCUUUCAGUUCGUUUCAGCGAUUCGGAGGUCUGCCAAGUUCUAUUCACGCCAGGUGCUCUGUAACUGCGGGCAGAUGAGCUACUCCAUCGAGACGCUGGGCCCGCAGUGGCUUGUUGUGGCAAAGGGUAUGGCGGCUGGGCAGUUCCUUCAGGGACUCACCAAGGAAAAGGAUUGUGGGUCGGAGCAGCAGGCUACCGGCUGGUUGAAGCCUUCGUGGUGUGCAGGGGAGGUUAAAAUGAGCAACGUCAACUUUGCGUAUCCGUCUAACCCCACCAAGACGGUCAUCCACUCCUCGAGUCUAAAGUUCGCUGCUGGUCAGCUUACCUUCCUCGUCGGCAGCAGUGGUUCUGGCAAGAGCACGCUGGGGAGUCUGCUCGUGCGAUUCUACGAGCCCAUGGCCGGACGAAUCACUUUGGACGGCACGCCCAUCACAACCCUCGAUCUCGACUGGCUGCGCCGAAACGUCACGCUUAUCCAACAGUCCAGCUCGCUGUUUAGCGAUACCCUGUUCCAGAACAUUGCACUCGGCUCCUCAGAACCCGAAGGUGUUUCCCAUGACGCCGCUGGCUUGGACCCCGUCAGCAGGACCCUAAUCAUGGAGGCCAUUCGCGUGUGGAGGAAGGGCAAAACAACCAUCAUCAUCACGCAUGAGGUAAACCACAUUGCGGACGAUGAGUACGUGUAUGUGCUUGCGGAUGGCUCAGUGGUCCAAGAGGGGCUGAGGCGUGACAUUGAAGAGGACGAGACGGGGCUCUUCGCAUCGUUGGUUGCCUCGGCCAAUAACGCCUCCUCCGGCGGUUCCGUGUUUAGCGACAGCGAGAGCGAGUUUGACUCGGAUCUUCCCGACGACAGCCCCGCCGAAGAGGCCCAAUACGCCAAGUUACUCCGCGGCGCCCUCGUCGACAACCGGCCAAUGUCCCGAGCCAAAUCUUACCAAAGGGGCCGAUCCAUGUCCCACCACACGGAUGUCGACCCCUCCCAAUAUGGCUACGCAAGCCGCAGUUCAAGCAUCCACGCCGUCACCCAACGGGGUCUGGGCGUGCAGAAGAACAUGGUGGGCAAGGGGCAACUAAUUCUCGGCAUCAUGCUGUGUCUCGUCAUUGCAGCCAGUAAUCCCGUGUUCUCCUACUUCUUUGCCAACCUCGUUGGGGAAUUCUGGAUUGCCGAAGGCGAGGAAAGCUCGGUCUCGCUAUGGGCUGGUCUUCUCGCGGUCAUUGCCGUCAUCGACGCAAGCGCCACCUUCUUUGGUUACUUUCUCAUGGAGAAGGUUGCCCAGAAAUGGGUCAACACUCUACGUGCGGAGGCGAUCAAGCGUAUCCUGAGCCAACCCAGGCCAUGGUUCGACAAGCCAAGCCAUUCUCCCGCUCGCAUCACUCAAUGCCUCGACCGCAACGCCGAGGAGAUGCGCAAGCUCGUCGGCAUGUUUGUGCCCAUCCUCUUGACUAUCACCGCCAUGAUCCUAGCGUCCACUUGUUUGGGCGCUGGCUAUCCGAUGGGACCUUACACUGGUGACGCUCGCUGGGCUGCCCGUGGCCAUGGCAGCGGGCGCGAGCCAACUCGCUCUGAGACUUUCGCCAACAUCAAAGUCAUACGUGCCUUGACGCUAGAACGGCAUUUCUACGACAAACAUAGCCGCUCUACCCUAGCUACCUACCGUCUGGGUGUGAAGCGUGCGGGUUUCGUCGGCCUGUUUUACGGCGUGCACCAAUCCAUCAUCUUCUUCCUCACGUCUCUCGUCUUUUACUACGGCGCCAAGAUCCUCAGUGAGGGCCUCAUCACGGUAACCGACGUGGUCAGGGUCAUCAACCUGCUGCUCUUUGCGCUUGGCACCUCCGUCGCCAUGUUGGGCAAUCUCCCGCAAAUCGCCGCCGCCAAAACGACAGCCGUACAGAUGCUUUACUACGCCAACCUGUCCCACACGGCAAGCCACGAAGGCCAGGGCGAGAAGCGGUUGCUAACUCCCCUUCCCGUCCGCAUGGCCAACCUCCGGUUCGCCUACCCCGGCGCUCCUCAAACCGAAGUCCUCCGCAACAUCAACCUCCAAAUAGACGCCGGCACCUGCACCGCCAUCGUAGGCGCCUCCGGCUGCGGCAAAACAACCAUCGCAAGCCUCCUCCUCCGCCUGUACGACCCCCUCCCACCACUCCCACCCCGCCCGACCCCUACCAGCCUCCCAACAUCCAAAAUUCCCCCUCUCCCAUGA